CGUGCGACGGUCAAAGGUCAAAAGCCGUUGGGGUUUUGGUGUGUGAAAUUUUUGGUUCUCUUCUCACUUCUUCUCUUGUCGCCGGUAUCCUCGAAGCGAAUUUUCCCUCCGUCCAAAAUGUCUUUGACCAAACUGCUACCUAGACCUGCGCAUGUCACUGUGGAUCCCGACGAGCCGUCGGUGGACGCCGCUUAUGCACAGUUGACUCGGCCGACGGUGAAGAAGGAGCCUCCUCCCUAUGGCCACAGGAAGAACUGGGUUCCGCGGUCGCUGGCCGACUUUGGAGAUGGGGGCGCCUUCCCGGAGGUCCAUGUGGCUCAGUACCCCAUGAACAUGGCCAACAAGAGCAAGCCAGGCUCGUCUUCGGCAGUGGUUCCUCUGCAACUGGAUGCCUCAGGGAAGGUCAAGUACGACGUGCUGGCCAGGAUGGGACAGAGGAAAGACAAGGUGGUCCACUCGUCACUGGAAGCCAUGGUGUCUCGAGGGGUGCGACCCAGUGACCCGGAGCUGGUUCGGCCCGAGGAGGAGGAGGUGGAGAAAGUCACGGAGGAGACGCGACUGGCGCUGGAGAAACUGACCAACAAGAAGAUCUCGGCUGCCAUGCCUGUCAGAGCUGCUGAUAAACAGGCUCCUGCUCAAUACAUCAGGUGUGCACACGUAACUGUCAUGGUACUCGUGGAGAGCUCCUUUAGUCAACACACACACACAGUGGUCCAUUCACUGUUCUGCAGGUACACACCGGCCCAGCAGGGAGUGGCGUACAACUCGGGUGCCAAGCAGAGGAUAAUCAGGAUGGUAGAGGCCCAGAAAGACCCGAUGGAGCCACCGAGGUUCAAGGUGAACCAGAAGAUACCUCGGGGCCCGCCCUCCCCUCCAGCUCCCGUCCUCCACUCUCCGACCCGCAAGGUGACAGUCAAGGAACAGCAGGAGUGGAAGAUUCCUCCGUGCAUCUCCAACUGGAAGAAUCCUAGGGGUUUCACGAUUCCGCUGGACAAGAGGCUGGCUGCGGACGGACGUGGGCUCCAAGACCACACCAUCAACGACAACUUUGCCAAACUGGCACAGGCCCUGUACACCGCCGACAGAGAGGCCCGUAAAGCUAUUUCUCUGAGGUCGACGAUGGAGAAGAAGGUGGCACAGAAGGAGAGAGAGGGUAAAGAGGAUAGACUGCGGGAUCUAGCCAAGGUGGCCCGCGACAAGAGGAUUGGGAUACACGGACCGUCGGGUGCGGGCGGAGAGGGGGAGGAGGGGGAGGAAGAGGAGGGUGUGGCUGAAGAAGCGAGGGGGCGAGAUGUUCUGAGACACGAGAGGCACAGGGAGAGGGAGAGGGAGAGGAGACUGGCCAGAGCUCACCCUGACAAGAGG